AUGGGAGACAUUUUCAGUCUUGGAUUUGGUCCUUACCGCUGGAUUUGCUCAUCCGGAAAGCCAUCAGAUUUAUCUAAAACGGACGAAAUCGCAAUUUCUGUAUUAGAAGGAAUUGUCAACGAGGGAAUCUCUGACGCCUCCAAGCAACAGUACCAAGACAAUCUCCGCUGGAUAAAAGAAGCAGACAAGCACAAAUUGGUCGUCGGCUCUCAAGCGCGAAUCUUGUACACUGACAUGAAGGGUCGUUGGAAACUUGCAGAAGCGUUCAAUGAUGCAGUCGCAAAAGGAGUCAUCAGUGCCCCAGUUAUCUUGUCAAGAGAUCACCACGAUGUUUCAGGGACUGACUCGCCUUUCCGCGAAACGAGUAAUAUUUACGAUGGAUCGGGGGUGACAGCCGAUAUGGCAGUGCAAAAUUGUCUAGGAGACGCCGCACGAGGGGCAACCUGGGUGUCGCUGCAUAACGGCGGCGGUGUAGGAUGGGGUGAAGUGAUGAACGGUGGCUUCGGUCAUGUGCUUGACGGUUCGGAAGAACAGAUAAUCAAGGCAAGACGUUUUCUAUCAUGGGAUGUAGCAAACGGUGUAGCAAGACGCUGCUGGUCAGGAAAUGCGCUUGCGAAAAUUGCGAUUCAAGAAGCAAUGGACAAAAAUCCAAAUUUGAUCAUCACGCUACCACAUUAG